CAUUAAUUUUCAGCUUUUCUUGAUUAAGUAUCAUCAAUUAAGGGAGGGAGAUGGCUGUUGUACUCAUCAAGGCAGUCUUCUUUUUCCAAAUAUGUCUUAUUUUCGCUAAUCUGACCGCGCCUUCUCCAGAAGACGCAGAUUGUGGGCUGAACUUCACUUCAUCUCCAUACAAACCAAGCGGUGAAUGCAUUGCUAUUGAUCAAGAAAUCAUCCAUGAAUGGGACAGUUUCCCCACCACAAGAUGCUGCCAAAAUGCCCUCAACUUCUUCACACAGGCAUUAGCCAAGCAAGCAAUUCAACAAGGGAACCUCUUCCUCCAUAAAGAUCAAUGGGGACGUUGUGCCUCUGGAUCCUUUGAGCACCAGCCCUCUGUUUCCAUCGAUAAAUGUGGACUUAAUUCCCUCUAUCAACAAAGCAGCCAAUGUUCUACCCUUUCUUUGACAAGUAUUUUGCAGGAUCACAAUUUUAAGGAUGUCAGGGAUAACUGUUCAAGUUUCACUUCCUCCAACUUCGACCAUGCUUGCAAGGAUUGCACGAGUGCCAUCAAGUCUGCCAGGGAUCAUUUCCUCCAUCAGUUUAAUGCGAAUGAUAAUGAAACAGAGAGAGCUAUUUGUAUUGUGGCUGUUGUCAUUUCAGUUACUACCACAAAAUUAAACGAUCCCUCUUUAAUCGACGAUUUCUUCAGAUGUUUGCCAGGGCUGAAUACUUUAGAUAAGUCAAGUGAAGAUUACAUUAAAAUCAAAUAUUCUUUGGCGAAAGCAUUAGUUGCAAUUGUUUUAGCAAUAUUUGUGAUGAUGAUGGCGAUCUUUCUUGUUAAGUAUGUAACAAGAAAUGCUAGGGCUGGACGAAAGCUUCUUCUUUCGAAGCCAAAGAUGUUUGCUUCUUGUCCAGGGCUAUAUACUUUCUCAAAAGCUGAGAUUGAGAACGCGAUAAAUAAUAUAGAUGAGAAGAAAUUCCUGGGACGCGGUAGUGCAGGGAAAGUUUUCAAAGGGGUUCUUCCCAGUGGACAAGUAGUUGCUAUCAAGCAGAUAUAUAGAAGUAACACUUCCGAUUCCUUCAGUAGAGAACUCGAGAAUCUUUCCAGAGUCAGACAUCCUAAUCUUGUUUGCCUCUUUGGGUGUUGCAUUGAAAACGGUGAACAAUAUUUAGUCUACGAGUAUUGCUGUGCUGGAAAUCUAGCUCAACAUCUUCUGAGGAAAGAGAGGGUCUUAAGUUGGGAACAAAGGGUAAAAAUCUUAAGAGAUUGUGCACUUGCAUUGAGGUAUCUCCACAGCUACAUAGAUGGAUUCAUUGUUCAUAGAGAUAUUAAGCUUACAAAUAUCCUUUUAACAGAGGAUUUGGAAGCAAAGCUAUCAGAUUUUGGACUGGCAAAGAUGUUGGGAAUGGAAGAGAGCAAAGUGUUCACAGAUGUACGAGGGACGAUAGGUUAUAUGGAUCCAGAAUAUAUGAGUAACGCGAAGUUGACCUGUGCAAGUGACGUGUACAGCUUUGGUAUAGUAGCUUUACAGGUUCUUUCUGGUCAGAAAGUGAUUGAACUUGAUUUGGAUGCCAGAGACCAACUAACAAGAAAAGCAAAGGAUGUGAGCAUGGGUAAACGUGAACUAAAAGAGUUUGAGGACCCGCAACUAAAAGGUGAAGUAAACAGUGUGGAUUUCGAGUCCAUACUUCAAAUUGCAGUGCUCUGUGUUGCCAAAUCAAGCAAAGGCCGUCCAACUAUAGAGGUUGUCGUUGAGGAGAUGGAGAAAGUCUUGAAAAACACAUUGUCUGAUAAGAAAGCCGCGGAGCAAAGUGCAUUACCUGUAUUAAAGAGAUCACAUUCAGUUGGUCAUGUCAUUCCUGUCUGAAACUUAACAUCAAAAUAUCUGAGAUUUUGAAUGCUUAGUUAUUCUGUUGGGAGAAACACACUAUGAUUUUUUUUAGCUCGAUGAUGUGCAGCUAGCAAAGCUGCUUCCUGUUUGUGAAACCACAUUUUGGUUCUUGAGAACAUUUGUGAUUUGUUGUGUUAUGGUGGUGUAAAUUUAUGAUAAGAAUGAUCCAUUGUUGUUGUCUGUUGUACAGAAAAACACUCUUGAUUCUCCUUAUCCGAUUAAAAUUUUGUUUACUAUGUAUUUACUGGAA